CGUCUGAAAACCCACGACGAACGCUGCCCUCCCUCUCUCGCCCUCCCUUCCUCAAGGAAGGAAGCAAGAGAGAGACCAUUCGCGCGCUUUCCCACCGCCAUACGCGAUUCUCUCUCUUUCUUUCUAAACCUAUCUCUCCACUAUAAAAGCGGUGCUCCACUUUGCCCACUUCAAUUCCUCUUUAUUCUCCGCGUCUCUCACGCGAUCCGAUCCCCUUCUCUUUCUCUCUCUCUCUCUCUCUCUCUCUAGAGCGAGCUAUGAGUUCGGCGAGCAAUCCCAAACCGGUGGUCACCGGCUACCCGGCCGCUGCCGCCCCGUCCCCCGCCGGCGGAGCCGCCUACCCCUAUCCCGCUCCGCCGCCUCACGCCGCCCCCUACUAUCCCGCCCCCUACCCCAACGGGGCCGCGCCGCCCCCGGCUUCCUACGGCGCCCCCUUCCGCCCCAACACCCUCUUCCUCCGCCGCCUCCUCGCCGUCGCCAUCGCCUUCUUCCUCCUCAUCGGGCUCGUCAUCCUCAUCCUGUGGCUCGUCCUCCGCCCCCGCCUCCCCGUCUUCGCCGUCUCCUCCGCCUCCGUCUCCGCCUUCAACCUCUCCGCCCCCCAGCAGCUCCUUUCCUCCGACUUCGACCUCGCCCUCUCCGUCAGCAACCCUAACCACAAGAUGGGCAUCUACUACGACCGUCUCGUCGCCGCUGUCCUGUACGGAUCCGACACCAUCGCCGAGACCAACCUUCCGCCCUUCUACCAGGGCAAGGGGAACGCCACCACCAUCCGGGCGCGCCUGGUGGCGGCGGCGGAGUACGUCGAUGCCGACGUCGCCAAGGGGAUCACCGCCGAUCGCGGCCGUGGCGACGGCACCGUCAACUUCUACGUCAGGGUUUUGGCCUUGGUUAGGUUCAGGGCCAGGGCGUGGAGGACGAGGUGGCACGUCAUGAGAGUCUACUGCGAUCACGUCCCCGUCGGGUUCAAGAACGGGACGGCUACUGUCGGAUCAUUGGUGGCCCCACCGAAGCAGUGCCAGGUUAAUCUCUGAGUACGUAUAUCGAUAUAUUCGUCUUCUUUUCCUCGCAUUACCGCCUGGUGGUGAUACAGUGAAGGGAAGUAAGCUUGUAAUUAGAUGUGGUCUGGAUGCUAACCGAUAUUUCAACAUAUGGUACUCUUAAAACUAUAUUUUGACAUUGAUAAUGCUCGGGUAAAGAUAGAUUUUAAUAUGGUUAUUGGUUAGAGCUACA